AUUAGAACACAAUAGGUUUGGAAAAAAAUAAUUCCUUCUUCUACAAUUCAAUUAGUUGUGUUAAUGUGAACUUUCUGCAUUCCACGAUAAAGGGUUUGAAGAUGCCAAGCCAGUAAUUUCUGUUUUAAGAAGCAAAUGAGUCACUUCCAUAGGGGCUGCAGGUUUUUGCUGGGGCGGUAAAAUAUUUCUAUUGCUUUUUACAUGAAAAUAAGAUGCGAAACUUGACAUAUUUGAACUGGGCUGCUCUUCACCCACGAGUCAGGACUCGGCUGCUAAGAUUAUGGGUUAUUUUUGUGUUUGGCUCAGGGGUGGUAGUUGUAAAACUAGCAGGGACUGAUGACAUUCAAGCUGCAGUGUUACUGCAUCCAGGACCCAUUACAGAAGAUGAAAUCAAAGAGGUUAAGUGCCCAAUUUCAAUAUUGGGAGCCGAGAUUGACCGAGCAUCUCCACCUGAACAACUGAAACAGUUUGGGGAGAUUCUAUCAGCAAAACCCGGGAUCGACAGCUUUGUGAAAAUAUUCCCUGGUGUAUCUCAUGGAUGGUCAGUAAGAUAUGAUCUUGGUGAUGAAUCAGCCAUUAAGAGUGCUGAAGAGUCCCAUGGCGACAUGUUGAGCUGGUUUAAAAAGUAUGUCAAGUGAAAAAAGUUCCAAAUAGUUUGAGGAAUGAUACACCACUAUUCCAAGGACAAUCAUUGGGUUAUUGCGAGACAUCGGUGCAUUCUCUGCUUGUAGGGUUUUUGUUAUGUAAUUUAUUAGACAACAAAUUAUUGUAUUUUCGAAGACUCGCCCUUGGGUGACAAUCGUUGGGUUUUUGUGAGACAUCGAUGCAUUUUGUGCUUGUUGGG